GGGCACUCGCCGCUGGCCCCCAGUUAGUAGUCGACGGGCAGUCAUAGAGUGCGCGUCGUGCUUUAGUUUGACGUGUGAUGUAAAGUGGUUUUGCGUCCAUGACGCUGUUGCGCAUCCCUUACGAAAGUGACAGUGACCAUGUGCGGGGUUAUGUGGCGCCUAUUAUGUAGAUGCUUGACUCAUGGAUAUUUAUUACAUUUCUUCUUGCUGUUUUUGCUACUCUUACAGUGCGCGAAUGGAUCGGGAUUCUUUGAACUCCAAGUACUCGAGAUGGCCAACCCCCGGUCCGAACUCACGACAGGGGAGUGCUGCGGGGGUGCGUCUCGCAACCCCCUCACCGCGCGUUGUACAACCCCAUGUAACACUUUUUUCCGGCUGUGUCUUAAAGAAUACCAGAGCAACGUGACAAGCACCGGUACUUGUUCCUUCGGGAACACCUCGAGCAGUGUCUUGGGACAAAGUUCGUUCACUUUAGCUGAUCCUGAAAGAGGGAAGCUGGUGCUGCCAUUUUCAUUCAGAUGGACGAGAUCCUUCACACUCAUCCUACAGGCUGUGGACCACAACAACUUCACAUCACCAGGAAAUCAAGAAAUCAUCGACGAGGCAACUUAUUCAGGAAUCAUAGAUCCCAGUGCGGAAUGGCACACCCUCAACCAUAAAGGACCACGAGCGAGUCUCACAUACAGGGUGAGAGUGAAAUGCGAUUCACAUUAUUACAACGCAACCUGCACGAAAUUCUGUAGGCCAAGGGACGAUAAAUUUGGCCAUUAUAUCUGUGACGCCAACGGAGAUAAAGAAUGCAUAGAUGGAUGGAAAGGAACCACUUGUGAUGUUGCUGUAUGCAAACGAGGAUGUCAUCCGCUCCAUGGUAAAUGCGAUAAUCCAGAAGAAUGCAAUUGUCGACCAGGAUGGCGAGGAGACUUCUGCGAUCAGUGUGAGCCAUAUCCAGGAUGUAAACAUGGAUACUGUAACGGAUCUUCUUGGCAAUGUAUUUGUGACACAAAUUGGGGAGGAAUCUUAUGUGAUCAAGAUCUGAACUACUGCGGAACUCAUGAACCUUGUAUGAGUGGAGGAACUUGUGAGAACACAGCGCCGGAUAAAUACAUGUGCACUUGCCCAGACGGAUUUUCGGGAGUAAACUGCGAAACCGUCGACAACCCAUGUGCUCCUGCUCCUUGUCUACACGGCGGCACCUGUUUGGAGGAAGGCGGAUCCUUUAGCUGUGAGUGCGCUCCUGGAUGGACAGGCCCAACCUGCAAUAUAGAUAUCGAUGAAUGUGCAUCAGCUCCUUGCCAAAAUGGUGGAACGUGUGUCAAUUUAGAAGAUUCCUUCAAGUGUGAUUGUCCACCUGCUUGGGAGGGAAAUGUCUGUCAAUUCGAUGCUGAUGAGUGUCUUGCCAACCCUUGCAUCAACGCAUUUUCUUGUACAAAUUUGGUGGGCGAUUAUGUCUGUAAGUGCAGAGUAGGAUGGAUGGGAAAAAACUGCGAUCAGAACAUCAACGACUGCGUUGGACAAUGUCAGCACGGAGCAACUUGCAUUGAUCUGGUCAACGACUAUCACUGUGCUUGCCAACCAGGAUAUACAGGUCGGGACUGCGCCACUGAUAUAAACGAUUGUGCUUCGAAUCCUUGCAAAAACGGAGGAGAAUGUGACGACCUGGUAAACGGUUACAGAUGUAUUUGUCCUGUAGGAUUCACAGGACACGAGUGCGAGAAUGACUAUGACCAUUGCAGUCCAAAUCCGUGUCAAAACGGAGCAUCUUGCUUCAACACCCAACAAGACUAUUAUUGUCACUGUCCAGAAGGAUGGCAUGGAAAAAAUUGCAGCCAACCAAAAUUAUUGUGCGACAACCCUCCAUGCACUGAUAUCGCUUUAGGAAACUGUGAUGGUAUAUGUGGCGAACAUGGAAGGUGUGUAAGCCUAACUGGAAUCGGACAUUCUUGCCAAUGUGAACCAGGAUACACGGGAAAAUAUUGCCAUGAGAAUAUUAACGAUUGCAAGAUUAACCCUUGCGAAAAUGGUGGAACUUGUGUUGAUAAAGUGAAUGCCUUCCAAUGCAUAUGUAAAGAGGGUUGGGAGGGAGCACUCUGUAACAUAAACACAGAUGAGUGCAAUCCAAAUGCAUGUCGAAACAAUGGUACUUGCAUCGACGGAAUAGCUGAUUUCAAAUGCGAAUGCAAAAAUGGAUGGAAAGGAAAAACCUGCAGCUCUAAAGACAGCCAUUGCGAUCAUAACACCUGCAAAAAUGGCGGUACUUGUCAAGAUCUUGGAAACACGUUUGUUUGUCGUUGCUUACCAGAUUGGGAAGGUACAAUGUGCCAUAUUUCUAAGCAGGCUGCUUGUAGAUCUAGUCCUUGUCUCAAUGGAGGCACAUGUGUUAAUACAGAUGAUUACUACAGGUGCAUAUGUCGGGAUGGUUUUCAAGGUAAUCAUUGCCAAGAUGAUGUCAAUGAUUGUCAACCUCAACCAUGCUAUAAUGGAGGGAAAUGCAUAGACGGUGUGAAUUGGUUCCUCUGCGAAUGUGCUGCUGGUUUCACAGGUCCUGAUUGCAGAAUCAACAUAAAUGAAUGUGCUUCAAACCCUUGCGAGUAUGGUGGCACUUGUGUAGAUGAAAUAGGAGACUAUCGGUGUAUCUGUACUCCUGGAAGACAUGGCAAGAGAUGCAAUUUGGAUAACACUUCAUACCUUCCAUCUCCUGGCAGUUGUCUAUGGGGUGGCCAAAAUUUAGAAAACAACUUCACUUUGCAAAACGAGUGCAACACAUGCAUAUGUAAUAAUGGAAUCGUACAAUGCACUAAAAUUUGGUGUGGACUCAGUAACUGCAGAAGCAGCCACUCGAACUCUAUUUGCAACUUAAAUCAAGUAUGUGUACCCUCUCCUGCGGAAUCAUGUUUAUCUCCACCGUGCCAACCCAACGGAGAAUGUAGAGACUUGGAAGGAGGUCGCAGGGUAAAACCACCACAGUUUCCAAGUCCGCCAAGUUGCUGGCCAAAUCAAGCAACAUUAAGUAACACAUGUGCACGAUUAACUUUACUUGUGGAUAAAAUGAAAUUACCUGUUGGGAUAACAGUUGAAGGGCUUUGCCAGGAUCUCAGAAGAUUAUUAGCUAACCAACAAGCUGCUUCAGGACUGCAAGAAGAGUUGGUACUUUUAUGUGAUCUGAAGUUAGAUUACAAUGACACUAUUGAAGUCACUUUGUAUGGCGAAAGAGGUGUUCUUGAUGGCAUCCGUGUAAUAGGUGAAGUCAUAUCUUGGAAACAAUCCUCCCUUCUAUCUCUUACAUCUAUAGUAGAAGUAAAACUUGAAACAGCAUUAAUUUCAGAGGAAAAGUCAAGUAACAAAUAUUUCAUAGUCCUCAUUUGUUUCAUCCUCCUUGCAGUCAUUGCAGCAGCAGUGUUAACUGUCUUAUACCUAAGGCAUAAAAAGAGAUCCUUGGGAAUGAGUGGUGUAAAUUUAUCUCCAUCAGUAGAUUCAUGCCAUAGAAAUCACGAAGAUGAAAAAUCUAAUAAUCUUCAGAAUGAAGAGAACCUUAGAAGAUACACAAAUCCCCUGAAAGAUGACAUUGGUAGUAUGGGAAGUAUUAAUUCAAAUGGAGCUUGUGGAAUGGACAUGCCCAAAGUAAGUGUAGUGCGGCCUUUAAGCUCAAUGAUUCCAAUGGAAAGUUCCAGUGAAAUGUUGGAAAUGAUCUCUGAAGUAGAUUGUCCUGGGUCUAGAAAAACAAUGCUUGUUAUGCCUGGUACGAGCUCAGAUACUAACAGCCUCAAAGGAUACAACAUGAAUGAGAACAUAAAAGGAGAUGGCUUAAGUCCAGCUCAUCGAAGUAGUCAAAUAAUGCUGUAUAAGGCACAAAAUCCUGAUGUACGAAAAAAUACAGCUGCGUUUGAUGAUUCUUCCGGUCAUAAAGAUUUUAGUAAAAGUAUAAUGAAUGUAAACAAGCAACGGACUUCCCAAAAUACUUCACAAAACAGUUCAGACAUUUUAACAGUGCUUGUUUAAUGUGUAGUGGGCCAGUGAAAUUAUAAUAAAUAUUGAACAUAAAAAACACUUCAAAUUAAUUCUACAGUGAUAAUUGUAAUUUAUUUUCAUUUUGUGCAAUUUAGUUUUAAUUUGAUAACUUCAAAAUUCAAUAUAACAAAAUUUUAUGUAAAAAUUUGCAGAAUGACAUUUAUUUUUCAGGAUGAAUAUAAAUGUUGAAAAGAAUGAUUGACCAAGUGCACACAAAUAUAAUACUUAUAAUGAAGAAAAAUCACCGUAACUCGAUAUGAUAGAUUGAGAUGAUAAUAACUGAGACAUUUAGCUUCGUGAACUUUCCGUGAGAAUUGGGAAAAAUAAGUGAUCUCGUGAUUGAAAAAAUAGACAUGGUGACAACACUCUGUAAUUAACCUAUAGUGUGAUAUUAAUUAAUAAUAAUUGUUUUUUUAUAAAUAUUGUUAGAUUUUGAAAUUAUUUUUAUUUAAAUGCAAUCAAAUAUCUCAUUUUAUGAAAUUGUAAAUACUAAUUUCGUGUUUGUCUAUUUAUAUUUUUCGUAUUUGUUCCUGAUUUUAUAUAUUUUAAUUACUUCAUCUUUAAUUCUAAGAAUAAUAGGUACAUAGUGUAAAUUAAAAUGUUAGAAAUAGAGCAAACUUUCAAAACAAUGUCAUUGUGCCUAAUAUCAAUAAAAAUUAUUCUCUGCUUCGAAAUACUAUCAUUUGAAAUUUAUAAACAUAUAAAUAUAUUUUGUAUACAUGGUGCCACAAUAGCAUUGUUUUGUUGUUUUGGGAGAGUUGCUUUGCUGGAAAUGACUAUUGUAAAUAUGUAAAUAUCAUAGCAAUUAUAUUAAAUUCAGUAUUGCAAAACUCUUUAAAUAUAAUACUCAUUUUAAGACUUAUGUUAAAAGGCUUCAAAGACAAUUUAGUUCAGAUUAUUCUCCUUAUGAAAUUGCCUUGAUUAUUCAACAUUUCCAAGGAAACGUCCCAAUUUGAUUGAUUAUAUUGCCAUUUGAGACUUCUCAAAUAGAAUUUUCUGAUUUUAGUGUACUUAUAGGUGCAAAAUAUGUUUGUAUGAUCUAAGACAAAUUGUUGGAAUAGUGCCUUCAAUAAAAUAGUCCAGAGAUAAUUGUAACUAUUUAUUUCUGUUCAAAGAUUAAUGUAAAUUUUGUAUAAAUAAUUUUUACUGUCACAAAAUGCUUGUGUAAUUGAAUAUAAUAAAAAGUAAAAGCUUCUUGGAAAAUAAAUAGAAAUAAAUGAAUAGUUUGAA